CACACUUAAGUGACACACUGACACUUAUAUCGUUCUCUGUGUUUGAAUUAUAAAUUAGAAGACUCAAAUUAAUUAUGGCAUCACAGCAACCUGAAUUUGAGCAUCCUAGGAAGGCAUUCGGAUGGGCAGCUAGGGAUACUUCUGGUUUUCUCUCUCCUUUCAAUUUCUCUAGAAGGGAAACAGGAGAGAAAGACGUGGCAUUCAAAGUGUUAUACUGCGGAAUAUGCCACUCAGACCUGCACAUGGUGAAAAACGAGUGGGGCAAUGCCAUAUAUCCUAUGGUCCCUGGGCACGAAGUAGCUGGCGUAGUGACAGAAGUGGGAAGCAAAGUACAAAAAUAUAAAGUUGGGGACAAAGUGGGUGUGGGAUGCAUGGUUGAAUCAUGCCGCACUUGUCAAAACUGUGUUGAAGAUCUUGAGAAUUAUUGCCCAAAAAAUAUUUUUACAUAUGGUGCCAAAUACAUUGAUGGUACUAUCACAUAUGGAGGCUACUCUGAUUCAAUGGUUGUUGAUGAACACUUUGUGAUUCGCAUUCCGGAAGCUUUGCCUCUUGAUGCUGCUGCUCCUCUCCUUUGUGCUGGGAUCACAGUUUAUAGCCCACUUAGAUAUUAUGGGCUUGAUAAGCCUGGUUUGCAUGUGGGUGUUGUUGGGCUUGGUGGGCUGGGCCAUAUGGCAGUCAAAUUUGCUAAAGCUUUUGGAGCUAAGGUUACCGUCAUCAGUACAUCACCUAAUAAAAAGGACGAAGCAAUAAACAUUUUGGGCGCUGAUUCAUUUUUGUUAAGUCGUGACCAAGAUCAAAUCCAGGCCGCAAUGGAAACCUUGGAUGGUAUUAUCGACACAGUAUCUGCUGUUCAUCCCCUCGUAUCUCUUAUUGGUUUACUGAAGUCUCAUGGAAAAUUAGUAAUGGUUGGAGGACCAGAAAAACCUUUAGAACUACCAAUCUUUCCUUUGCUUAAGGGGAGAAAGAUGGUAGCUGGUAGUCUGAUUGGAGGGUUGAAGGAAACACAAGAAAUGAUUGAUUUUGCUGCUAAACACAAUGUGAAGCCUGAGAUUGAAGUAAUUGCGAUUGACUAUGUGAACACUGCAAUGGAACGCCUCGCCAAAGCUGAUGUGAAGUAUCGAUUUGUGAUUGAUAUUGGAAACACACUCAAACCAAGCUCUUAAGUAUACAAGUACAAUUUACUUGGUUAAAAUGGUGAAAGACGCGAUAACAAGAAGAUGCUCCGAUGCGAAGACGGCAAACACUGGAAGACGACAAGGACUCAAGGGCAUGAUGAGUCCUGCUGCGGUGAGCGGUAACGAUGACGUCGAGAGUCCGUGAGAGGUGGCAAGGAGUGGGAGGUGGCAGUGAGGUACUAAGGGGGUGGGAAGUGGCGGUCCACAGUGGUGAAUGGCGAGACAGUGAGUCCAUUAGAGGAGAGGGUUUGAGGGUGAAGACCGUGAUUUUUGAAAGGAAAGGCUAGGUUAACAAGGUCUCAAACUCUCCUGACAUAAAUUCUCUUCAUUCUUAAAAAAAAUUGAGGGUAUAAAAUGUGAUCUUUUUUGUAUAUUUAUUUUUUGUUCUACUUACAAAAUUAAUGAUAAAAAAUCACAUUUUACUCUCUCAAUUGUUAAAAAAAAUUGAAAGGAUCCAAUACUUCAAACUCAAAUCUCAUAUGUGGGAUAUAUAAUAGGGUCA